AAAUGAAUCGUAGGCCCUUCUAACGUAGAGCUAAGGGCUCGGUUUCCAGGAUUGCCCAAUAGCUUGGGCUUCGAGUGAUGCUAUGAAUAAUAUCUUUAUUUAUGUCAUUGGGAUACUGAGGCCCAGUAAUUCAGAAAAAAGGUCGGAGUCGUUCAUUCCAUUUCCUUGCAUGGUUUUCGCCAAGCAGAACCAUGAAGGCGAAUGCAAGUAUUUUUCUUGACGGUGCUCGUACAGAGAAAACAUGAAGGCGAAUGCAACGUCGUCGUUUGUGAAAUCCUCAGCAGAACCAGAACUAGAGGAAGAAGUCAGUGUCUCCUCCACUUCCAUCUCAGCUCUUGAGGCACUUUCCGUACACCUGAUCUCUGGGCUGGGCCUGGUUCUAGCCCUUCUGCUGGCCCACACUUUCUUCUCCGUCAACCUCGUCUCUCACCCCUCUCCCACUCUCCUUCUCGUCUCUGUCAUUGAGUGCCCAAUUGUGAUUCUUCUCUACAGUCGUUACCGGAAGAAUCGUGAUGAAUGCACGUACUUGAAAGCCGUGGGACAGGGGCUCCUAGGACUACCUGUCGGGGCUCUGGUUAAUGCUUUGGGAGCUAUUGCAUUGGGCGCACCUGUUGGCACUCAAUACUUUUUAAAGACCAUUAACUGGUCUCUGAUGAUGUCAUUGUUCACUAUUGUGCCUGCAGUUUCUGUAUUUGGUUCAUCAUGGAAGGAUUGGCAACGCAUAUUUGCAAACACAAAGCCAAUUGGAUCUUUAGGUUUUAUAAUUUGCCUACCGGCACAUGGAGCCAUCAUUGGAGCUUGGCUUGGGGCUUUGCCAAUGCCGCUUGAUUGGGAAAGAUCAUGGCAGCGAAUUUUACACGAUGGAUUGAUUCAUGAGCCCAGAUAAGGGUGGGAUAAUCAAUUAGCCAUAGCAAAAAACCUGGUAUUUGUGCUAAUCCUUGAAAUAGUUUGAAGACAGCAAUUCGUAGGCAGAUAUAUCACUUCCUCGAGUGAUGACUUCAUGGAAUGGAUCAUGAGGUUGAGAUGCUUUUGGAAAUUGCUUCUUCAAUUUAUUGUAUUUAAGUAACUUUAAAAUCUUAAUCUGCAAUAUGGAGCAUUAAAAUGUUGUGACACUGUUUAUGUGGUUUAUUGUUUGGAUUAUCCUUGUCGAUUAGUAUAUUUUAAGGUUUAAUAGAUGUUUACUCUCAACUUGUAUGUUCUCAAAC